AUGUGCAGCGGCGGUCCGCUUCCAGGGUCACACUGCAGCGUCAUAGCCAUCCUCUACCCAGGAGAUCUGCUGAAGGCUGAGGGACAGAAAGUGCCAGACACAGUGUCGGACGAGAAGGUCGGCACCGGCAUGCUUGCCGCAACGUCGUUCAGGUGGGUAGCCAAGCAGGUUGACCUGCUGAUGGGCGAGAAGGGUCGUGGUGCGGUGAGACUCGAGAACAUCAAGACAAAGGGGCUAAAGUCGUUGCGAGACAGCAUGAUGGAGUACAUCUGCAAGCGCAUCGCCGAAAAACGCUCUGCGGCGCCGACAUCACAACCCCCCGACAGUGUGAUUGAUGACGACGGCGCGGAAAGACAGACGGCGCCCCAAGCAGCAGUUGCCGGCCAGCAUCAGGGGAACGCGAGGGUGUUCACGAAAGGAGGAAACGGUGGUGGAGGAGGCAACACUGCGACAGGUGGAGGAAGGAAGGAAGAGGAGGAGUCGGAGGAGGAUUCGGAGUCGGAGUCGGAGUCGGAGUCUGAGGAGGAGGCGGAGAAGCGGAAGGACGAGGAGGAGGACGAGGAGGAGGAGGAGGAGAAGGACGAGAAGGAUGACGGCGAUGCGGAGGAGGAAGGGAAGGAUGAGGAGGGGGAAGGGAAGGAUGGGGAGGGGGAAGGGAAGGAUGAGGAGGGGGAAGGGAAGGAUGGGGAGGGGGACGGGAAGGAUGAGGAGGGGGUGGAGGAAGUGGUGGAGUACGAGGUGGAGUUCGAAGAGGAGGAAGCUGCACUAGAGGCGGUGGGGUCGGUGGAUGAAAAGAACGAGGAAGCGGAGGAUGGCGAUGCGGGUAAUGAUACGAGGUCGGCAGAUGGGGGGAAGGAGAAGGAUGAGGUCGGCGUGGAGGCAAUGACGGAAAAGGGCCGGGAGGAGGCGGCAUGCGAAGGUGGGAAGGGUAAUGAGCUGGACGACGUCGAGCAGGUGCGACGGGAGAACUGGCUGUUGAGGGCGGAGAACGCUCGGCUGGCGACGUUGCUCGAUGCGGAGCAGGCUCGGCUGAACAGGUUUUUUGUUGGGAUACGUGGACUCGUUGACCACGUGAAGGAGUUGGCCGAGCAGGUCGACGACACCGAGAAGUAUGCGGCGGAACAGCUGCGAAACGCGACGGCGGCCACGUCGAAGACAAUCACGGGCAACAUCACCGGCAGCUUCGACGAAGCGUGGAAGACGAUGAAGACCUUCGCGGAACAGGCGACAGCAUGGUUGGAAGACUUCGACAACCCGCAGGGUCGUGUGGCAGUUGCACGCGCGGUAGCGGUCGACGCGUUGGCUGAGCAUGUGACUGGGGUGGUGGGCGAAGCGCAGCGGGGUUUGGAGCUGUACAUCACGACGCAACUAUCCGCCGCGCAGGUCAACAUCGCCACCGUUGUGACCACCAGUCUCCCCGUGCAGCCGCCGCCACCGCCUCCGCCCACGCCGCCCGCCCUCUUGGAAGAGCUCUUGAAGUCAUUCAAGGCCGACAUUAUGAAGGCGGUGACGGAGGCCACCCAGCAGCCUUUCGUCGCUUCCGGGAUGAAGAUGAUGGCCGAGAUGGUCGGCACUGUGGCGCCUGGUCGACGUGGGUCGUCGCCGUCGGCCAAUGACGCCGAUCACGCGCAACGGAAGACGGCCGACAAGCAGGGCCUGAAGAGGACGGGCGACGGAGACGACAAGGAGAGCGCGAAGGGCGACGCAAAGCGGAGCAAGGGAUCGGACGGGAGCCGCGGCUCGAAGCCUGCGCCACAGAGCGUGGUCGACCAGUUGAAGACGAAGGCGGGGUGGAGGGUGAUAAGGACGUUGAACACCAAGGGUGGCGGAAGCGGGACGGCAGAGGGUGGCCCUGCCGACGGGGCUGCCGCUAACGUCACCGCUCAGCCAGGCCCGCCUUUGGUCGCCGAGAAGACCCAUCCUCAGGCGAGCGGUGGGAAAGUCGUGACCGACAAGGAGUCAGGUGCGACCAAAGAUGGGAAGGCCCGUGCGGCCCCUCCAGCUCCAGGAGCCCCGGCUGCCGUCAAGGGCGGCGCGAAGGCUGCUUCGGCUAAGGGCGCUACUCCGGCAUCAGCUAAGGGGCCCCCCGGUGCUGACACGCUCAGGGAGAUGCUCCACCGCAUGGAGGCACAUAGCAGGGACGUGCAGCAGCAUCCCGUGGUCGACGCCGGCCUUGCCGGAACAGCACGUCGCUCCGUCACUCCGCAGGUUGCCGGCACAUCGUCCGGGGCCUCACCUGCAGCGCAUCCGGUUGCCGCCCCAACGCCUGCGGACUCCAAGUCAGCGUUUCUGCGCGCCCAUUUAGUCGGACGCAAAGCGGCUGCUCCACCUGUGACUCAGCAGGAACACAGCAAAAGCGCGACGACGACGUCGGUAAACGCGACCGCACCCUCACCAGGUGCAGCUGUGGUCGAUGCGGCGGCGGAGAGGGGAGUGAGUGCAGCGCUAGCCACCGGCGGCCGCCCCGACAAGCAUGCCGCACUCGCUGCCUUCCUGGCCCAUUUUGAUGCAGCAGAACACCCUGAGCACGCCCCUGCUCUGGCCAUCAUGGACACGGCGCAUGUGGGGCCGUUGGCGACCCACGGUGGGGGAUCGGCGGAGCCGACGGCUGCAACGGGUGCUGUCGCCGAGAGUAAUGCGGGAGGGCAGGGGAAGGUCGACACCGAGAAAGGGAGCGCGGUCUCAAAAGGGAGCACGCGGGCGAUGUCGGCGGGGAAGGAGAUGUCGGAAGAGAAAGGGAAGAAGGCGGAAGGGAGUCAGGACAAGAAGGGCGGCAAGAGUAAGCCGGCGAAGAAGAAGGAGAAGGCGGAGGAGGAUGACGAGGAGGGCGGCGAGGGAGAUAAAGAACGCAGGGGGCAUGGCAUCCGCCAAGACAGGUCCGGCGACGGGCAUGGGUGGGUGGGCGAGAUUAAGGUAAACGAACGGAAUCGAUAUAUCGGCAAGUCGAGGGAGAAGAUGGAGCUGGCCUACGAGCACGCGAUUGCGUACGUCGUCUACGAUGGCUACGUGAGCAAGGUGCUCAUGAAGGAGCUCACCGUCUUGAAGCCGGGGGAGUUGGAGAAAUGGAAGGAGGUGUGGGAGGAGGUCAAGUUCUUACCGACUGGGUUGUGGACGGUGAUGUGGGCCAGAGGCUUGUGCCAUCCGAGAGCAAGGAUCGACGACAUACUCGGCAGGUACCGUGGGUACGCGAGGUCGGGUGAUGCGCUUCAUGGGGUGCUCUGGCCGGCGAUAUGGUUCCCCAUCAUCGAAAACACAGAGGAAGGCAAGGAGGAGACGGAGGCUCUCAUGUCGGCGAUGGUAAAUCGCGUGUCGAUGUGCGCGGCGUAUGGGAAAGUCGCAGCGAGCGCGGCGUUUGGGAAGGUCGACGCGAGUGUAGAAGGGAAUGCGGGAGAGAAGACAGAGAUGGAAGGCACGGAGGGGAAGGCGGACGAGAAGACGGAAAUGGCGGCCCAUGCGUUAGCGGCAUCUGCAUGCGCCCUCUGGUGCUUCGUGGAGACGGGAGCGUCGUUGCUCGGUGCUGUGGGCGAAGGGAAGGCGGCGGCGAUGGUCGCAGGUGCGGAGGAGGAGAGGGCCGAGACAUUCAAGAAGGUGAUGCACGCGGUGAUCGACUUAGCACGCAGUCGGGAGGCUCCCGCGGGGGAGGUUGCCCAUUACGUUGCGCCAUCGCUGCAGCGCCACACAGUGGUCAGGGCCUUCGAGGAGGGAGUUGAGGAAGUCGAGGCCGACAUGAUCGCCAGAGCGACGGUCGAGACCUUGGCGUUCUGGGGAAUGUGCCCCGUCGCCGGGCCCAAGCUAAAAGAGCAGGGCAUCGAUGUGCCGUGUGACGCGAAGAUGGAGUACGAUAUGGAUCACAGGGGAAGGAAGGGGGAGAAGGUCAAGCAGGGCAAGGGCAGCAAGAGGAAGAAGGGCAAGGAGGGCAAGGGCAGUACGGAUGCGUAG